AUGUAUGUCGCUAUUAAACCACGCCGGACGGGAGAUUCGUCCAGUUUCGUCGGCACUCGACCUCUCUCUGCCGUUUGCCAGUCGGCGACCCGACGACCGCAGCCUGCUGGGGUACUUACAGAUCCACCGUACGCCCGUAAAAUGCGGUUUGGUGUUCCGUCGUCGUGGUCCGCGCGCGAAUCUGCUGCUGCCCGCCGGGAGUCGUCGGUCCCGAGAAACGCGUGCGUGGGAAAAUCGGGCGGACGAAGGACGCACACACCGCCGCCGAACGGUGAAAAACCCGGACGGGACAGCGACGAGAAAAACAACAACAACAACAACAACAACAAUCGGACGGCGAGUGUGCAACGUAUUUCAGUGGGAUAUCAUUCGUGCGCGUUUGCGAUAGAAAAUAUUAUAGCCUUGCAAAAUGGACGACAACACGAACACAUGCCACAGAGUUCACGGCGGCCAUGGAAGACAAAAAUUCCGACGGUGGCGACAUCUGUGCGCCGCACGUCCCGUUCGGCGAAGAGCCGUCUAGUAAGUACAAGACGUAGUGAGGUUGUAUACGCGGCGGCCUAUCACGACUCUCCGUAUCAGACAAUAAUAAUCACGGACUAA